UUAGGUGCAAUCUGAUUGGUUAAGCUUGCCGCUGGAGAGAAGGAGGGUGGUGUUUCCAAGGAUUUUGUGCUCCUGCUGCACAAUUCCAACAGUGCGCGGCGCGUGUAUUUUGAGAUGGAUCGGGGAAUAAGAAAAACUUUUGCACCGUAAAAAUAGCUUAGAAAACCUAAGCAGAAUCAAAGCACCAAGGGAUACUUCAUUUUAUGCCGACUUCUUUAUAAAAUUGAGGACUUUUGAUAGUUUUCAAUGGGCGUUUACCACUUUGCCACGGUGCUUUAUUCCCAACAGAGCUUGUUCGACAAGGAUAUGAAGACGGAACACGGAAUGGAUUAAACUCUGCCACUGAACCAACCGGGAUUUGAAUUUACUCCACUUUUCUUUGGGAUAUCACCUAAAUGUGGGCUGCAGACAACUGUCGCCUUUUUCGCGAAGUUAAAUGAUGGCGACACAUCGGAUGGGGCCGAGCGACGAGGACGAUGAUGCAAGACUCUCAGCCAGACUGCCCAUGGGCGAGGAUGGAGCCGAGCAUGGGGACUCCACGGGUAGUCUGUUUCAGCUGGAGGAGGGAGAGGAUGAUGAGGAGUCGUUCUCCUGGCCGGGCCCCAAAACCCUGCGCCUCCGACGCACCUCACAGGGCUUCGGCUUCACCCUGCGCCACUUCAUCGUGUACCCACCCGAGUCUGCCGUGCAUUCCUCCCUUAAGGAAGAAGAGCAUGGCCAUAGAGGGAGACAGCGGAACAGGCUGGAGCCAAUGGACACAAUCUUUGUGAAGCAAGUGAAGGACGGAGGACCAGCAAAUGGAGCUGGUCUCUGCACAGGAGACCGUAUAGUCAAAGUGAAUGGGGAAAGUAUCAUUGGCAAGACGUACUCGCAGGUGAUCGCCUUGAUUCAGAACAGCGAAGCAUUCCUGGAGCUCUGUGUUAUGCCAAAGGAUGAGGACAUUCUGCAGCUGGCCUACUCCCAGGAUGCCUACCUUAAAGGCCACGACCCCUACAGCGGCAACGCGCGUCACAUCCCUCAGCCGCCCCCUGUAUGCUACCCCCGAGUAGACGGUAAGCCCCCCUCAGGGAUGGCCCAGGCGACCGAGAGCCCAUCCCCGGGGGGGCUGCCACCACCAGAGCUGGGCUACCGUGUGGAGAUUCCUGUGCCACCCUCCCCUCCCCCUCCCAUGCCCAUGCCCAUGCCCAUCUCCAAGGCGCAGACGGCCGUGUGCGUGUGCAGCGAGAGUGGCGUGCGGACGGUGGUGGUGCCGCCCGACGGCCACAUGGGCCACCCGGGCCCCGGCCACAGGGCCGACUACAUGAUGAUGGGCCCCGAUCCGGUCCUGAUCCGACCCCGGCCCGGCGUGGCGUCUGGCGGACGGCCCUCCUACCCCCACCCCCGCAAGGCGGACCUCUACCCGGCGUACCACGGCGAUCCGUACGGCAUGCAGCCGGUCCACUACCACCCGGCGGCCUCUGCCUCCCCCGGAUCGCACCAGAACAUCGACUGGCGCUCCUACCAGACCUACCGGGAGUACAUCGACAACAAGGGGCUGCACACGUACGGCCGCAGCAUCCAGGAGCGGCUGGACAGCCUGCGCGCCGCGACUCAGGGCGGCCAUCUCGCCAUGCCUUGUGGACCGCCUCCCCUCGCCCACGGGUGGGACCCCCGGCUGCGUCGCCGCAGCACGUCUCACGAGCGCUCCUACGCGGGGCCCCCCCUCCCGCCCCCCCCACGCAGCGCCUCCCAGGACCGGAUGAGCGGCUCCGAACGGGCCAGGCAUCACCAUCACCCCGACUGGCCCCGCAGCGCGUCCCCAGGACGGCCUCGUCCGCAAAGCCCGUGCACACUCCACGGACUACGUCGAGCACUGGACCUGCACCAGCCUGCCGCCUGGCCGGCGGAUCGGCGCAUGUACGCGCGGGCCGAGCCCCAGCAGCGCCCCAGCAGGCAGUCCCUCCCGCCGCGGGCCCUCCUGCACCGGAGCCCGCCCGGGUACGGCCCAAACAGCAGCAUGCGCGGCAGAGCCCAGAUCGGCAUCCGGACCGACAUUCCCCCUCCCAACGUUCCCACGGAGAGGCCCUCCCGCCUGGGCAUGAGCCUGACUCCCGAAACUGGCCCCAAAGACCCUAGAGUGGUGGGCAACCACCUGUCUCAUCCGCCCCACCACCUCCAGCUGCAGCAGCAGCAGCAGCGUGCGCGAGCGGAGACGGCGGAGACGGGCCGAGAGAGGGACCGAGAGACGGGCCGAGAGAGGGACCUAGGGGUGGGGCUGCGCUCCUCUUCCUGCUCGUCGACCCCUCCCUCUCUGAGACAGCAGCACCAGAGAGGGGCGGGGGCUCUCAGGCCACACCUCCAGGACCAGCAGGGCCCAACCAAUGGGCGCAGUGGACCAGUCGAGGGUGUAAAGAUGCGUGAGAAGCCGCCCACUGGGUCGAAGAACGGGACUCCGCCGCUGAGGCACCCGUCCUACAUCCUGGCGGUGAACGAGGCAGAGGGAGGUGCCAGUGGGCAGGCGGGCACAGGAGUGGCGGGCGUCGCAGGAGUGCCAGGCGUGUGCUGGCUGCCGAACGACGCCCGGCGCGAGGUUCAGAUGAGAAGGAUCGGCGAGCAGCUCAAUGAGUCCUUCUCCAGCACAUUGGACGAGUCGCUCGACUCCAUUCCCUUCAUUGACGAGCCCGCGAGCCCCAGCGUCGACCGUGACGCCGCGCACAUUCCAGCGUCUGUGGUCAUCUCUGGCACUUCCGCCCCCUCUGCUGCCACGCCCAGCCCUGCCGCCUCGUCCCCCCUCAUACGCCGACAGCUGUCACAUGACCAAGAAUCUCUCAAAAAUGCCAUCCUGGAAUCCCAGAAUGGGACCAAGACGGAGCGGUCGAAGUCCUAUGACGAAGGCCUGGACAACUACAGAGAGGAGGGCAGAGGACGCUCCUCCUCUAAACACAUGCCCAGUCUGAAGGUGUUCCGUAAGGCUGUGGAUGGACAUAAGUCCUCAGAAGACUCGGGCUCCCGGAGAGACUCGUCCUCAGACGUCUUCGGUGACUCUUCAAAGGAGGGAUGGUUGAACUUCAGGCAGCUGAACACCGACAAGAACAAGCGUGUGGGAGGCGGGACCCGAGGGUGGAAGCAGAUGUACUCGGUCCUGCGAGGCCACUCCCUCUACCUCUACCGGGAGAAGAAGGAGUGCCUGGCCCACGCCAACUCUCAGCUGGAAGAGGUGCCCCAGCCAAUCUGCAUCAAGGCCUGCCUGAUUGACAUCUCCUACAGCGAGACCAAGCGCAAGAACGUGCUGCGGCUCACCACGUCCGACUGCGAGUACCUGUGCCAGGCGGAGAGCCGCGACGACAUGCUGUCCUGGAUCCGCGUCAUCCAGGAGAACAGCAACCUGGACGAAGAGAACGCGACGAUGACGAGCACAGACCUGAUCAACCGCAAGAUCAGAGAGUACACCCUGAUGAGUGCUCCUAGCAAGAGCAAGAGUCAAAGCCCCCACUCCCCCAAAUACGAGGACAGAAAGAGCUACAGUAAAGAUGACUCAAGCCCUCCGCGAGACAAAGCUGCGUGGAGGAGGGGGAUCCCUGGCCUUAUGAGAAAGACUGAGAAGAAGCCCACGGCUGGGAUCACCUUUGGGGUGCGCCUGGACAACUGUCCCCCUGCACGGUUGAACAGAUUUGUGCCGCUAAUCGUGGAGGUGUGCUGUACGCUGGUGGAGGAGCGCGGGCUGGACUACACAGGCAUCUACCGCGUCCCCGGCAACAACGCCGCCAUCUCCAGCAUGCAGGAGGAGCUGGACACCAAAGGCAUGGGUGACAUCGACAUCGAGGAGGAUAAAUGGCGGGACCUCAAUGUUAUCAGCAGCCUCCUGAAAUCCUUCUUUAGGAAGCUUCCGGAACCAUUGUUUACAAAUGAGAAAUAUGAAGAUUUUAUCGAUGCCAACAGGACACCAGAUGCUGUUAAAAGGCUGAAAGAGCUAAAAAGGCUGAUCCAUGAGUUGCCAGACCAUCACUAUGAAACGCUCAAGUACCUCUCGGGGCAUCUGAAGGCCGUGUCUGAGAACUGCGAGAAGAAUAAGAUGGAGCCACGGAACUUGGCCAUUGUCUUUGGCCCCACGCUGGUGCGGACAUCAGACGACAACAUGACCCACAUGGUCACUCACAUGCCAGACCAGUACAAGAUAGUGGAGACCCUCAUCCAGCAUUGUGACUGGUUCUUCAAUGAAGAAGGAGAGGAGGAACCAAUAGCGGUGGAGUUGUACAGCGCGGUGCAGUCCCAACCGGUCCCCAACAUUGACCAUCUGCUCCCCAACAUCGGACGCACCGCCGCCUCUGCAGGAGAAGUCUCAGAUUCAGCCAGUGAUUCUGCCAAAUCUAAGCAGGGCUCGUGGGGUUCUGGGAAGGACCAGUACAGCCGGGAGCUGCUGCGCUCCUCCAUCUUCGCCAGCCGCAAGCGCAAGAAGCCCAAAGACAAGCCGCAGCCCAGCAGCUCGGACGACGACCUCGACGCCCUCUUCCCCAAGAAGGAGUCCCAGGAGCAGAGCGCCCAGCCGGCCUGGCCGCAGCAGCCCUCGGAGGGCAAGGGGGACGACGAGGAGGAGGAUGACGAAGGCGAGGGCCAGGAAGAGGAGGAAGGCCGGCGGGAGAACGGCGAGCGCGUGAGCGGCGAGGAGCAGACGGCGAGCCGGCUGGAUCAGACCCCCGACGCGCUGCUGUCCAACGGCGGCGACGACGACGGCUCAGCCCACCAGCCUGAGCCGUACACUUGCUCCUGCCCCUCGCCCAAGCCAGGCUCCUCCCCCAUCCUGAGCUACCGCAUGCAGUCGGCGCGGCAGUGCUCGUUGUCCGAUCCGCCGUCGUCGGUCUGCGACGAGGGCUGCACGUCCGACCUGGGCACGCUCAACAGCACCAGCUCCCAGGCCUCAGUGGGACGUCCCCCACGGCAGCGCGGCAGGAUCCCCGGGAGCUGGACCGGUGACGGCGCGGCCCUGGCGGCCGAGGUGUGCUCCAUCACCUCCGACUACUCCACCACCUCCUCCAUGACCUUCAUGACGGCGGACAGGGACGGCGGCAGCACCAUCAUGAGCCCCGACCUGCGCUCCGGCGCCGAGAGCCGCGCCACCGUCGCCACGCACGACGACGACGCGGACGACGAGCGCAGCGAGCUGGUGAGCGAGGGCCGGCCCAUGGAGACGGACAGCGAGAGCGACCUGUCGGUGUUCGCCGUCUGCCGAGAGGCGGGGUCCUGCUCGGAGGAGAGCGGGCAGGUGCCGGCACCGGUGGCGGCGGCCGCACCGGAGAUGGCCAACGCCUGCGGGAGCAGCCUGGUGGCGUCGCAGCGGCUCAUCGCCGGGGACACGCUCGCACGCAAAAAGAGCAACCGGCACAAGACGGACAGCGAGUCCUCGGUGGAGAGCGGGCGGGAGGGCGGGCGGCUGGCGUGGGUGCUGGGGGCGGUGAAGGGUCGCUCGUCCACCGGCAGCCAGAGCUCCUCGUCCCCGCGCUGCAGCGGAGAACAGCCCACCGGCGUGGUUGUCGUCGGCAGCGACCAGGGCGGCAGCAGCAGCGUGGCUGGCGCAGGAGUCCCCGCCGACGACGACAACCCCGCCUGGCGGCUCAAGAUCACCGACCGCCUCAAGUUCCGGCUGCGCUCGUCUGCCGACGACAUGUUCGGCGUGGGGCGCUCGCCCGAGACGCGAGCCAAGCGCAAGGGCAACAUCCGCCGGCGGCACACCAUGGGCGGCCAGCGGGACUUUGCCGAGCUGACGGUGCUGGGCGAGCCGUCGGAGCUGUCGGCCGUGGACCGGCUCAAGCCCAAGUGCAGCUCGCAGGACUUCUCCAUCGGCGACUGGAUCGUCCGUGAGCGCCACCGCGUCAGCAACCCGGAGGUCAGCCUGCUGGGCGCCGCGUCCUCCUCCUCUUCCUCUCAGACGCUCCAGGGCCUCGGCCACGACUGCCCGCUGCACGCCUUCGUCCAGGGGGACGGGUUGCUGCCCAAUGGAGACGGCCCCUCCACCCAGGGCAAGAGCCUUAGCCUGGGUGCUGACGCGCACCCCCACAAACUCUCUGGCUCACAAGUGGUCCGCUCACGUUUCUAUCAGUACCUGUGAGAGUACGCAUGUGUGUAUGUGCGUGCGCGCGCGCGUGUGUGUGUGUGUGUAUAUGAUGUGUUGCCUGAUGGGUGAGUGUGUUUUAUGGUCUAAACCUUGUCUUAUGAAUUGGUGUGAGUGUGUGUGCGUGUCGCAUGUGAAUGAAUUCACACCGUGAGGUGUCCUUGUGCACGUUGUGUUUGUCUGUGGACACUUGACAGUAAAGGGUACGUGAAGUUGGGAGUGGCCCUCCUGGUUGGCUCCUGACACACACACACACACACACAGACUAAAGGACAGUGUCCUCCUCAUUCCCACUCCUCACCGCCCCGCGCGGGGGGGCCCCUCUAAUCUCUUCUGCCUCUGAACCCAAAGUGUGGCUGGAAAAGACUGUGAGGUCGCGCUGGGAGAAAGUGAAGACUGUGAAAGGAUGGCAAGAAGAUUGGAGGUUUUUUUGAAGGGGGUGGGGGGGGGGUCAAGAUUGUUUUUAAGAGAUCUUUUAGGAUUCUAAAUAAAAUGACAAAGUAGGUCACACUAUGGAUGGAUUAGGAUGAGAUUGUUGUGUUUUAAAGGACUGAUGGAUAGUGUUGUAAAAGUAUUGCUGGAGGAAUGCAUUUUCUUUCCCUUUGAAAAUGUUCGGAGGUCCCAGAGGGGAGUUUCCCCUGUGUGCCUCUAGGUAACCAAAUGAAGAAUGUACAUGCUUGCUGUUCUUACGCGACUAAAACAAAAGCAGAGUUGCUAGUGUGCUCAUCUCUUUUCAGGAAAAAAAAGUGUACAUAUCCCCAUUCCCGUCUGUCUCUGCGUACUUGAAACGUGUUCUUUGCAGAUGGGUUUCUCUCUCUCUCUAGGCCUUCAGUGGGAUUGGUGUGUGUGCCGUGCAUGGUGGUUUCUGACUGGGUGUUGCAGGAACCAGAGUCGACUCUUUUAAAGGCUUUAAAAGUGGAAAUUAAAUUUAGGACAUUUUCGUAUGACACUACAGUAACUUACACAUAAUAUUGGGGGGGGAGGGGAGGGGGAGUGGGAGUAUUGAGUUGCUUCCCACUCAAACAGUGCAGUGUUUUUUGUGGACAUGCCUGUUGAAUACCAUGACACAUUGGGCUACAAACAAAAAAAUGAAUUGGUUUUAAAAAUAAAAAAAAGAAGCGAAAGGAUAUAUAGGAAAAAAGUCGAUAACAUGUUUGAUGAAUGAAAAGUGCCUCCUAUUGAACUGAUAAGGGUGCCAUACUGUCUUUCUGUACUGACGUGUACUUCACCAACAUGUACUGUGAAAGAUGACAUUUUAUCACCAAGAAAAAACUCCUCAUUUUCCAGAACUAUUCCAAACGUGGAAAACGGAAACACGGGAGCUUCCAUUCCGUAAGCAUUCCGCUCGGGUCUUAACACCUUUUUAUACAUGACACUUUUUUUUUUUUUUUUUUUUUUGGUUCAUUUUCAUUUUUUAUUAUUAUUAUUAUUAUUCAAUUUGAUUUGUGUUUGCUCUCUGUAAUGGAACUUGAAUUUUGGAUUUUCCUCUGUAAAAGAAGUAACUUAAUGUACAUAUCUAUUCCAUGUUUUAGCUGCUUUUUUCCCCAUCCUUUUUGUCCUUGUCCCUCUUCCUUUCUUCCGUUUGUUUCCAUGGCUGCGGCUCAUGUCUUAGCCUCCGCUCAGGGGGUGUCGAGAACUCAGCCCCGGGGAGGGGGACUGGGGACGGGGGGACCCACAGACAGUGGUGGUCUGAUCUGGCAGGGGUGGGGGUGGGGGUGGGGGUGGGGGGGUUGAAUGGAGGGGAGGAGGGGAGGAAGGGGGUAACUCACCCAAUCCUGCUGGGCAUCUGUUCUGCCUUGACUGUUUGUACCGAGCCGGAUCCACUCUGCGAGUGGGUGUGAGCCGCCUGAGAACACUGGACAAUAAAACCCCUUCAUGUCA